GAUAAGAAAUUCUCUUGCAGAAUUCAGCUUCAAUUGAUAAGAAUUUCGGAGCAAGCUUUAAGAUUCCAAUACGUUUCUGAGCUCAGUCGAGUGAAAUUAUUUGUGUCAUCAACAUGAAGUCUUUAGUAAUUUUAACUCUGCUGGUGGUUGCAUGUCAGAGCUCAUCUGACAAGCAACGCCGUUUCCCCGACGACUUCCUAUUCGGUGCGGCCACAGCGGCCUACCAGAUCGAGGGGGGAUGGAAUGAAGAUGGUAAAGGCGAAAGCAUCUGGGACUACGUGGUCCACAACAACCCUGCUUACAUAAAGGAUCUGAGCAACGGUGACAUCGCUGCUGACUCCUACCACAACUACAAGCGUGAUGUGGAGAUCAUGAGGGAGUUGAACCUUAACGCCUACCGGUUCUCUAUCGCCUGGUCUAGAGUGCUCCCGACAGGCAUGAUCAACAACGUCAACCAAGCUGGCAUCGAUUUCUAUAACAACUAUAUUGAUGAAAUGCUCAAAUACAACAUCACUCCCUUGAUCACUUUGUACCAUUGGGAUCUUCCUCAGAAACUUCAUGAACUAGGAGGUUUCACCAACCCUCUCUUCGCCGACUGGUUUUCAGACUACGCUAGACUUGUAUUCCAAAGCUUCGGUGACAGGGUUAAACAUUUCAUAACUUUCAAUGAGCCUAGAGAAAUCUGUUACGAAGGCUAUGGCACUGACACUAAGCCUCCUAUUGUGAAUAAUACCGCUAUCGGUACCUAUUUAUGUGCGAAGCAUUUAGUUAUAGCCCACGCUAAGGCAUACCAUAUGUAUGACAAAGAGUUCAGACCGACGCAGGGAGGUCAGUGCGGUAUCACCAUCAGUGUUAACUGGUUUGGUCCAGAUACGGAUUCUGAUGAUGAUAAACUCGCUGCUGAGAUUACCAGACAAGGAGAGUGGGGCAUCUAUGCCCAUCCAAUCUUUUCAGCUGAAGGUGGUUUCCCCAAGGAGCUAUCGGAGCGAGUUGCUAAGAAGAGCGCUGAACAAGGAUAUUCCAAAUCCCGUAUGCCAGAGUUUACUGAAGAAGAAAAGGCUUUAGUAAGAGGAGCCUCAGAUUUCUUUGGCGUGAACCAUUAUUCUGCAUCUUUGACGUCAGCUACUGAGCAUAAGGUUCCUCAUCCAGUGCCUUCGUUGAUGGAUGAUAUAGAUUCAGGCACAUACACGCCUGAUGAAUGGCCCAAAUCUUCGUCCAGUUGGUUGACGUUCGCACCAAACAGUCUCUACAACGCUCUCACCCAUCUGAACACGAGGUACAACAAGCCAGUGUUCUAUAUCACAGAAAACGGAUGGUCGACGUCCAACGACCGCGGUCUUAUCGAUGAUGACAGGAUAGCUUACUACAGAGCAGCAUUGGAAAACGUUCUGGACCUACUAGACGACGGCGUCAACCUAAAGGGGUACAUGGCGUGGAGUUUGUUCGAUAACUUUGAAUGGAAUGCAGGCUAUACCGAACGUCUUGGACUAUACAACGUGGACUUCGAAGACCCAGCCCGCACACGCACCGCUAAGAAAUCUGCGUUUGUUUACAAACAUAUUGUGACACAUCGUUACAUCGACCAUGACUAUGAACCUGAAGCAAUGAUCAUGACGAUUGAUUAGAAAACUGAAUUUAUUUAGAAUUGUUACUUAAUUAAUGCCUGUAAUUAAUGAAAUAAAUAUGUAUAAGGAAGA